AAAUAUUGUUGUUAUCCUUGAUGUUUCAAAGGGUCAGACGAGAAUUUUAAUAAUCAUGCUAUUAUCAGAGAUCACAGCGAGAAGUUGAGUUCUCGACUUGUUUCUUGAUUUAACGUCUAAAAUAAUUAUACUCAUUUUUAUAACGAAAUCGAAAUCUGCCUUUAAGUAACAACUAUUUCUAUUAUUAGCACUAAUGGAGCAGGAGGUACAGCUUGAUGCACCAAAUUUUUCUGAUGAUACCAUUGAAACUGCAGAUAUAACUUCCUCCGAACUAGCUUAUAAAUACUAUAACAGAUUAUGGUCAUCAGCUCAAGAAGAACUCGGCUAUUUGCUUCACCGAGAAGGACAUCAUGAAACGCCACUUAUCAUAGAACGAAGACUAGCUGCUGUUCGUCAUGCUGCUAUAUUGUACUUAAGAUAUGUUAGAGUAGCCAAUCAGUUAAUAGAAUGCCACGAACAUAUUGCCCAACCACAGAAGAGGAGACUACUGAAGAAGCUAACUGACGCUUGCUUAGGCCGAGCUCUGGAAUUAAAGCAUGAGCUUGUCGAUCUAGAAAAAUCAGAGUUUCAAUUUCUAGACCAGCUUCUGCUUGAUUUAAGGAUGAUGCCACAUGAUACAGAAAUUAAAAUUCCUGAGUAUUUGGUAGACGGGAAGUCGUCUGAUGAAAUUCACGCCCAUAAACUAGUUGCGAAGUAUUUGAAAAUUGUAGCCGAUGAAGAAAUGAAAAAAGAAGCCGUAAGUAAAGAAACGAAGUUCGCCAGAAUGGGAAUGGUCAUGAUCCGGAUGUUACAGUCUCACGAAAAAGCUCGACAAGCACGAUCUCAGUUCUCUGAAGAACAAAAAAGAUACGUGACCAAACAGUUAAUCAAACAAAGGGAAAAUAGAAAAGGUGAGGUACUUAAUUUGUCACGAAAAGAUGCCGUGGUUAUCAUACAAAGAGCCUGGAAGUCGUACCUGUUUUGUAAAAGACUGAAUGAUGGAUAUAUUUCUGAAAUGAAAUUUCUCAACAUGUUGCCUAGAAAAGAGAAAAACAAAAUGGCUUUAGAAGUAGAAAAUGAUCGUCGAAACAUUAUUACGAGAAAUGAAGAUGAAUACUUGAGAGCUAAAGAAGCCCUGAAGGAAGAAAUGAUGACAUAUCGUGUUUCACAAAUGAUGGAAGAUUUAGAGGAUAAAAUUCGAAAUUAUUUCCAUAAAUAUAAGGAAAUCUACGGAAAAUUUCCAGUUUUCCCAACCGAAGAAGAAGGUGGAUCAACUAAAAUGUUUGAAGACUCUGUUGACGAUGUAAUCGAUGAUGAAGGAAAAACAGCAGAAAUAGAAGAAGCAAAAGAAACUAAAAGUGAGAAAAGCAGUAAAAGUUCAAAAUCAAAGGAUGACAAAGCUAAAGGUAAAGAUGAAAAGAGUAAGGAACAAACAGAGGAGGAAGAACAAGCAGGGUUUAAACUCAAGACCUCCAAGUAUAUUCCAGAUUUAAUUCAAUUAAAUGAAGAGUACCAAAAGGUUUGGGCUCAUUACGAGCCAGUUAAUUUUGAUAAAUAUGACCCAAAGAUGGUGGAGGAAGAAGUUAUGAGAGACGUAGAAUUGAUUGUUCGUCUACAAGUAGAUGAAAAAAUGAGAACGGAGCUCCUUCAACUUACUGAAGCACUGCAAAAAGAUACAAAGAAGAAAGCUAAAGGUGCUAAAAAGCAAAAGCAAAAAGGAAAAAAGGAAAAAGGGAAAAAAGAAAAAGAUUUAACUCCAGACAGAACACUUGAAUCUCUUAUUGAAGAAUUAAUCACAGAAGGAAUUAUCAUAGAUUAUCCUAAAUGUACUCUUUCGGAAUUCGUUGGCGAUUACAAUAUUUCAGGUUCACUUCAACAGAGUUCCACUACUCCUGACAUGGACCCCCAUCCUUGUUUAGCUGACAUAAGGAAAACUGUUAUUGAAUAUUGUAUUUUACCUAUGGGAUCAGAAUAUAUUCACUUAAAAGGAGCUUUUGUGAAAUCAGUAUUAUUUGCAGGUCCCCAUGGAGUUGGAAAGAAAUCUCUUGUUUAUGCUAUUGCAAAUGAAAUUGGAGCCGUUAUGAUGAAUUUAUCAGCGGAAAACAUUCAAGGAAAAUAUCCAGGAAAAGAGGGCCUGCAAAUGUUACUUCAUCUGGUCUCUAAAGUAGGUCGCCUUGUGCAACCUACAGUAAUUUAUAUAAAAGAUGCCGAAAAUUACUUUUGGAAGAAGAAGCCUCCAACGACAACCCUCAGCGAAUCAGGUCGCUUAAAGAAGGAACUGCCAAAAUUUGUGAAAAAAAUUGGAACCUCUGACAGGAUUCUGGUUUGUGGUACCACAGUUCUUCCUUUCGACGUUGAUCUUAAAGGCAUGGGUGCCAGCUACGAAAAAAUUAUUUGCAUUUUCAAACCUGACUACAAUUGCCGUAGGUGCUUAUGGCGAGAAAUGAUACUAAAGCAUCAUGGCAGUAUUACACCAAAACUGAACAUCAGUGUGUUGAGUAACAUUUCUGACGGUUUCACAGCUGGGGAUAUCAAGAAAACUGUGCAGAAUGUCCUAACAGGCCGGAGGUUAGCAUUUCAGAAAAAAAUACCGCUUAGCACGUUGGAUUUCAUAUCUUGUCUAGCCGAAUGUGUCCCAGUGUAUGAAGAGGAAGAUUUGGCGUACAAAUUAUGGUAUAAGAAAAUGCCCAUAGGUAAGAAACGCGCUGCCCUUUCAGAUCUAGAAGCCCAGGAAGCAGCAGAGGAAGAAGAAUCGGAGGAAGAACAUUAUUAAAUUUUGCAUAUAUAUUGUGUGUAGAUUCUAACAAAGUUACUAUGUACAAAUUUAUCAUGGUUGCUUUAAGGGAGGAGUAAAUUGCUUUUAUUUUUAUUUAUUUAUUUAUUUAUUUCAAAUGUUAUGCACUUAAUGAAUGAUAUGAAAUCUUCUUUGUUACAUGUAAUAUCUUACCACUUUCUGUGCUUGAAGUGCUGAAAGCAAUAGCCUUUUACAU